AUGGCGUUAAAACGAAUUAAUAGGGAAUUACAAGACCUGGGCAGAGAUCCACCAGCACAAUGUUCUGCAGGUCCACACGGCGAAGAUCUAUUCCACUGGCAAGCCACAAUAAUGGGUCCAGUCGACAGCCCUUACCAAGGAGGAGUUUUUUUCUUGACUAUACAUUUCCCUACAGACUACCCAUUCAAACCACCCAAAGUUGCAUUCACAACACGUAUUUAUCACCCUAACAUAAACAGUAAUGGGUCAAUUUGCCUUGACAUUCUCCGCGCACAAUGGUCUCCUGCACUUACCAUAUCUAAAGUGUUGCUCUCAAUCUGCUCAUUGCUAUGUGAUCCAAACCCUGAUGAUCCAUUGGUGCCAGAAAUUGCUAGGAUCUACAAAACUGACAGAGAAAAGUACAAUGAAUUAGCCCGAGAGUGGACAAGGAAGUAUGCCAUGUGA